AACACAUAAGGCGUAGAGGGAGAGAAAGGAGACUACGAGGGCAGCCGGAGUGGACGAGGAUAAACCGUUUCGAUAGAUCGAGGUACUCGUGAAUAAGAUCGAAAACUCUGGUUGCUUCUAAAUCGUAUUGUUGAAGUCCUUAAAGGUUUUGGAGUAUGAACCAAUUUAAGUACGAGAGAUCAGAAAAUGACUUAAAACAUUGGCUCCCAACGAAUAGCUUCAAUGGCCGAUGAUUCUCCAAUUGGGGUCCCGUUAUUGGCCACUCUGUUCUCUCUGACCAAACUGAAUCUCAGCUACUGCAACCUCAAAUCCAUUCCAGAAGGGAUUGAGUGUUUGGUUUCAUUAACAGAGCUGAAUUUGAGUGGCAAUAAAUUCAGUCAGCUUCCGACAACAAUCUCUCAGCUGCAAAACCUGAAAAGAUUGAAUUUGAAUCGAUGCAAGAAGCUUUUGUGCAUCCCCGAGCUGCCACCGAGAAUUUUAAGGAUCUUGUCGAAGGAUUGCGGCUCGCUUGUAUCCAUUCCAGAAAUGUUAAAAACAGAGCAUUUGUAUUUCAUGACAGAGUUGAAUCUUAUGAACUGCUAUCAAUUGGGUGGCAAUAAAAAGCUUCAGAGAUUGAUCGUUUCUUGGAUGCAGAGCAUGUUGUUUCGAAAUGGUGCAUUCAAUGUCGUGAUUCCGGGAAGUGAGAUUCCUGAUUGGUUCACCACAAAAAUGGGGUCUUCGAUUACUGUCGAAUGGGAUCCGAGCGCGCCGAAUUCUAAUUUGAUUCGCUUUGCUCUAUGUGUCGUGUGUGGCGGCGGCGACGGCGGGGGUGAUGUUUCCGGCUCCAUUAUUGCUUCUGUCGCCGGAAGGAGCCCAGAUGAGGGGAAUUUGAAGAAGGGAGAUGUUAUUGUUAAUGGGUUGACGAUUUCUGGGAUGAGGAAAAUGGAUCAUAUUUGGUUGUUUGUUUUGGCUCGAACCCAGUUGCUGAGGAGGAAGAUGAAGGGAUUUAGAGAGAUUGAAUUUCGGUUCUUGUUACAAGUUAACUAUGGCGGAUUUGUUUCGAGGAACAUUGAAUUGAAAAGGUGUGGAGUUGGGUUCAUAAAUAUGGAGGAAGAGGAGGAAGCCAUGAAGCGUUAUGCCGCUUGUAUUAUCUUGAAGAACAAGAUGAGGAUGUGAAGAACCCAUAAUUUUG